AGAACGCACGUGGGAUAUGUGUUUUGUCAGCUAACCGAAUACAUCAUUAUUCACGUUGAAGCUUGGCAAAGUAGAAGAUUGGGGAAAAUUUCGAAUUUUAAACGCGUAAAGGCGAAGAGCAUUGCAGGAAAUAUAGGGUGCUGCCCUCGCUCUUCGAUUCGCCGAACAAGUUCAAAUUCAAAAAAUGUUCCGCCCGGACGAAAAGAUAACCAACGACAACGAUGACGAAAACAAAUACAUCGCGUACGUCGGCAUGGAAGAUCUCCUGGAGAAACUCAAAAUAUUAAACUACGAAGUGGAACUCAUCGCCGAGCUCAAGAUGAAACCCAUCCAUAAGUAUUACUUCGUGACGUCGAAAAAUCCGGGCGAGCAAUUUUACCUGUUCGCGUCUGUGGCGGCCUGGCUGAUUAGGAAGUCGGGGCAGUCGAUUGAAACGCCGCAGGAGUACGACGAUCCGAAUAUUGUCAUUACUAAUAUUUUGGACAAGCUUCGCGAGAAUAACGUUACCAUAGAUUUUUCGUUGAGCAAACUAAAGCAAGGUGUUGGCGAGCAUGUCGUUUUCGUUCUGAACACUUUGGCCGACAAGGCUCUGUCAUACGUCGGUUUUCAAUGGAAAAAGCCAAAGACUCCCGAAGAGAAAGAUGACGAAACCGAAGUGAUCGACGAUGAGUGCGAGAUAAUCCUCGAUCGCGUUGAAGAGGAAAUGUUAGCGGCGUACAGCGACGACUCCGAGGAGGAAAAUAUUUUUAAUAUGAACAACCUUAACGGAACAAAAAACGGUCAUAAUCACGAAUUUGAUAUCGGCGAAAAUGUCGAUGUCGAAGCGUGGAAGCUGGAGCUGGAACGUGUGUUGCCAUAUCUAAAGGUGACAAUCAAGAAUGAUAAUCGAGACUGGCGCGCGCAUUUUGAGCAGAUGAAGAGCUAUCGCACUAGCAACGAUAACUCGUUGAACUUCACCAAAACGCACUUGGACAAAUUGCACAAGGACAUUGUGGUGACCUUGGAGAAAAUUUCCAAUCGGGAGCGCUACCUCAAUAAAGAGCUGGAGCCGGUUCUCGACGAGUAUCGGUUACUGCAAGAUCAACUGUCGAAGGUUAAGGAAAACUAUCAGAAUAUUAAUGGGGGAGUGAUGGAACGGACGCGACACUUGGCCCAUUUGUCCGAAAAGAUCGAUACACUUAUACAGCAGAUGGAGGAGCGAGGCAGCUCGAUGACUGAUGGAACACCCUUGGUCAACAUUAAGAAGGGCAUCGCGAAAAUAAAAGCGGAAAUUUCGGAAAUGGACGUCAGAAUCGCCGUUCUGGAUUGCAUUUUGCUUCAAUCGAAGAUGAAGGAGAAAACGUUGUUAGAGCAUGACCUGUAUAAGUCUACGAAAUAUGUUUAAUUCCAUUAUCCGAAUAAAGAUUAGUUAUGCGCUUUGUUUUUAAA